GCGAGACUGCGCCCUCACAAAUAUGGCGGCGCCCAGCAGCAGCCGGUGGUUCUCUUCCGCCUGUAGAAAAGUGGGAAGUUUACUGUUUGGGUCCGUUUUUCUGUCACAGUCGGCAGCGAGCGGUAGCAGAAUGGAGUCAGAGAGACCGUCCAAGCUGGAGUUUGCAGUGCAGAUGCCAUGUGAGAGCUGUGCACAGAAAGUCAGAGCUGCACUGGAGGAUAAACCAGGAAUAACAUCCCUCAGCAUUGAUGUAAACAAAGAGCAGGUGUUGGUGGAUUCAGUUCUGACCAGCGCUCAGGUGCAGGCCCUAAUAGAGAGCACAGGAUGUCGAGCAGUACUGAAGGGCAUCGGUGGCUCUGAGCGUGAUCUGGGAGCAGCCGUGGCCAUGCUGGCUGGAGUUGGAAAUGUCCAGGGCGUGGUGCGUUUCCUGCAGUUGUCACAGGAGCGCUGCUUGAUCGAUGGCACCAUUGAUGGGUUGGAGCCUGGACACCACGGCCUUCAUGUCCACACACUCGGGGACCUCACGCAGGACUGCAACAGUUGUGGAGAACACUACAACCCGUUUGGAAGACAACACGGUGGCCCUGGAGACUCAGAGAGACACGUAGGUGAUCUGGGAAAUAUCACUGCUGGACCAGAUGGCAGGGCUUCAUUUAGACUAGAAGACACUCUGCUGAAGGUGUGGGACGUGAUUGGCCGAUCACUGGUGGUGGACGCGGGUGAAGACGACCUUGGCCGAGGAUGUCACCCUCUGUCCAGACAGACGGGAAACUCAGGGGAAAGACUGGCCUGUGGGAUCAUUGCUCGUUCCGCCGGCCUUUUCCAAAACCCCAAACAAAUAUGUGCCUGUGACGGCGUCACACUGUGGGAGGAGAGAGACCGGCCGAUCGCUGGGCCGGGGAGAAGCAAAGCCAACACAGAAACACCGGCAGCACAUCUUUGAAAGGCAUAACCCAGCACUUACACAUCAAAGACCUGCACUGGAAAUCCUGAAGAAAGUCAGAAUCCUGAGGAGACAUUUUCUGACAGAGACGAUCCAAGACAAGACUCUGUUUGUACUAAAAAAUAACAGUUUAAUUUAGUUAAAGUCACAUCUGAUUGGCUACCAGUCUAAAAUGCUAUUAUAUGUGAAAGUGACCUUUGACACAACAAUCUCAUCAUACUCAUUGAUCAACUCAUGGGGAGACAAACGUCCCUCAGUUUGGUGUUUAGUGUUUGAUUCUUUGUCACCUGUCCAAAAAGGAAGAUUUGUGUAUUGUUGAUCCCUUUUCUCCUUGCAAUAAAGUCCAUAGACGAAAUUAGCAAUUUUUCAUCACAACACAUAGGAGUUGAUGAGCCGUGUUGCUUCCUUUAGUCACUGUAAUUGAGUUUUCUGUGACUUAUUUGUGAUCAAGUACUUGGUUAUCAUUCACCCCAAACUAACCAAAUGAAGCAGCAUUAGGGCAUUGACUCCACUAUCACCAUGGGCUUAAAAUGUUUAUUUUCGCUAUGGACUUUGGUGCAGGAAAACAACAGAAGGUUUAGAUACAAUAUCUGGUUUAGAUGUAACAUAAAUAUAACUUUUUCAAAAAGUCAAAA